AUGGACUCCUUCAAGCCGAUGCAACGAUAUGUCGACUCGUACAAGAGUAAAGCCAUCAAGGCCCCUAAAGAUAUCGGCGCCAUGUGCAAUCUUCUCUUCGCAGAAGGAAUAAGUGGAGUGCUGAUCAACGAGUUCCCAGUGCAGGUUGCUUGUGCCUCCUGCUGGCGAACAAGAUCUGACUUGCUCUCAUGGUAUGAAGCCCCUGGCUACCAGAAAGAGCUGCUGCCCCUGAGGUACUCCUCGGCUCGGUGUCUCACAGUGGUUCUUCCCAUGUGGGAGGAGAAGAAGGAGACAUUCGAUGCGACAAGGCGAAGAGGUUCUGUGGCUGCCGGGCUGAAGCUGAGAAGUUUAAAUAUCUAA